AUGAAACUUGCCAUUUAUCAGGUUGUCAAUAAGGAAUCGCCAGCAGGUGGGAAGCAAGAGCAGUCAGUCGUUGAAGAUGAAACGCCAUCACAUGUUGUUGAGCAUGUUGUUAAAACCGUUGUCAAACGAAGACGAGCCCUGCUAGGGAUCUUCACAAUUUUAGAAAAGCAGCAUGAAGUGAAGGAUGUGGGAACAUCAACAAGAAAGAAACGUGUCGAAAAAAGUGUCAGCUCACGGGAUCAGCCAACGCUGAGGACAAAUAGCAGUUCUGAGGUACACAAUUUUAGUACUUUUGGAAACUUCAAGAGCGAAAAACCCGAUGACACAAUUAUCAGACAGCGUAAAAUUAUAGAGAAACUGGAAAAAGAACUGAAGGGCUGUGCACUGCAAGAUCCCCACAGCCUUCCGGUUCGUGUGGCUGACGACCGAGCGCUUGCGUUUGAAAGGAGAGACGGUUUCAGCUAUCACUUCGUGCUUGUUGAUUGGAAGAAAGAUGACCAGGGGAUGGCGCAACAGCAUCUUCACUUGGCUUUCAAGCAGAGUAACGCGAGUAUCUACGUUUACGAUCAUGGCCCAUCCUCCGGCAAACAUUUUGCUGUCGGCGAUCGUAUUGUCGAUAUCGACGGAAAAUUAUUCAGUAAAGCGGUGGAUGUGCGCGACCAAAUCCUGUGGUCUCGCCACAACAAAGUUAGCAGCUGCACAUUUUUUCGAGGCUGUUUUCAGGCAUGCAAUAGUUCAAAAGACCAAGGUAUAAAACCAAAAUCCGCUGUAUUUCACUUUCCUUGA